AUGGCUGACCCGCUACAAAUUCAUAGAGCCUCAGCCCCACCGGCGCAGGUCGAAGGCAAUAACCAAGAGACAACAGAUGCGGGUCAUGCUGUUGCAUCUAUAUCCUCUCUUGUGUCCCGUUGUUUCAGAGAUUUCCAGGACCUUCUAGAUGAACUAUCAACCCUCGAUGAGCACUCCCAAGCUAACUCGAAGGUCAGUGAGGGACUUGGUCGACUCAGGGUCUGGGCAGGAAACUUUGGUGCCCAUCGCAAACAAACGGACCGGCUAUCCUUGGAUCACCGACUCAGGGAGGCUCCAGAAUUGCACCGUGGGGUUAGAAGCCACCUGAAUGAUAUUUCAGAAACGAUAAAAGAGGCAAGCGCCUAUCUUUCAAGAAACCCCGAAUCUACGAGCGCCGUAGAUGUGAUAGGAGAGGAUUCGGAUUCCGAGAGCUCAGACUCGGAUGGGUUCUGGGAGCAGAUCAGAACAGAGGGGUCGCAUCGAUCGCCCGUUGACGUAUACAUCGAUGACUUAAGCCAUACGGUGACAAGUCUGUACAAGUUAUCCCUAUCACUCCAGAACCCAGCACACCGUGAUCGUUCGGUUCAAGCGUCUCGCAUCGAUCUCUAUCAUUUUGAGUUCUAUGACAAACAACAUGUUUGCGAUAAAUUCAACCUCCCGUUGGAUAGCAUGCUCGCACAGCGUCUUGGUAGAGCUAACACCAAACGUCGGCAACUGCUGGCAUACUACAAAGAUCACGCGGACAAAAUCUCAAAAUAUAUCGAUGUGGCCCUCAACAAGGCUGUGUCAGCGCGUCAGCUCCCAGUGAUACCUGAACUGCAAAGCGGCCAUCAACAAAAGCCUCCCACAAUAUCGACGCAAUGGACACAAGAUACCACAGUUUCAACAGUCUAUCAGGAUAAUGACGUCGCAUCGGACUCUGGGCGAACGAAGUUUUCUGAAACUACUUCCACCGCAGGCGAUCAGGAUCAAAAUUCGAUUCCGCCACCUCCAGGCGGAAUAAGUGUGAUAAGGCGAAGUCCGUUCAUCUGCCCAUAUUGUCAUCAGACAGUACAGGUAGAGAAUGACGAUGACUGGAUCUAUCACGUAUACAGUGACCUGCGGCCCUAUAUUUGUACUUUCGGCGGCUGUGUUAAAGAAAAUCAGCUGUACGACAGCUUCACAGAGUGGAGCGCACAUGAGCGACAAUUCCACAGAAGAGAAUGGUUCUGCACCCGUUGCCCAUAUACAUCUGCAGAAAAGGCCAUUUUCAUCCACCACCUCGACGAUAAACACGCAGACACAUCCAAAGAACAGCGACAAGAUAUGGCAAACCAGUCAAGACCUUCCACGUUGGCGCAAAAAUGCCCACUUUGCCCUAGAUCUCCAAUAUCCAGUUCCAGCAGGUUUCAGCAACAUCUUGCUCGGCAUCUGCAGCAGCUUGCUUUUUUUGUUCUCCCACGAAGAGAGCCCGAUGACGAAGAAUCACAAGCGCGGGAGGAAGACUCGAAUGAGUCACGACAAGCUUUGAUGAUGGAUGUGGAAGAUAGAGAAUCAUUAUAUUCUUUCUCAGCAGAUAGCAGGGGUUCUGUUGCUGAAAGCUUCAGCUCUGGCUUACACUCUCCCACCGAUGGUCGCUUGCUGGAUGACCUUCCUGUCGAGACAAUAAGCGACACAUUAGAGGAAACCGCAACGAUCGAUUUCACAGAAAAUAACAUUCCUCUGUGGGAAGAAGAAGGCGAUUUAACUAAUGCAUUGGCAACCCUUCGAAUGAAACUUGGCCCCGAGCAUCCCGAGACUAUCGCUUGCAUGGAGCGCGUUACCAACUUCUUUUGGGAACAGGGUCGAUUCAGUGACCUGGAACCGCGUUUGAACGAAUUGUUGGAUCUCAAACGAAGAGUACUAGGCCCUGAAAACUUUUCAACUGUGGACAGCAUGACAGUCAAGGGAUGGAUGCUUUACCAGGAGUCACGGUAUGAAGAGGCCGAAGAUAUACAGGCGACUGUUCUUGGAAUAACAAGACGGAAUUUGGGCAUAGAACACCCCAUCACCUUGAGGUCGACACAAGACCUAGUCACCACGUACACUGCAAUGGGAAAGUUUGCCGAAUUAGCAGAGCUUACACCCCAAUUCAUAGAACUCUCGAAGCGGUUCUUUGGAGAAGAUGAUCCAACCACCUUAUGGGCCAUUCGUUUUGAAGCAAUCGCCCAAAUUCAGAAAGGUGAUUACGCAACGGGUGAAAUGCUUCUAUUACGGAUUAUGGAUGCUUCUGAUAAGCCGAACUGCUCGCCGGAUCUUCAGAAAAUACGUGACAGAGCUGCAAUCGAGCUUGCCAACGCCUAUUUCGAGCAAGGGGAUUCGGAAAGUGCAGACAGGUACUUGAAAUUGAUACUCGAUAGAGUACGUGCGGAUACACCAACGGCGCCCGACAGUGAGAGACUGUUAAACAUGGGCGCUAUUGCCGAUGUCUAUUUUGCCCAUUCAAGGCUUGAAGAUGCCGAAACUCUUUACAGGGAUGUAUUAAAAUGGACCACCAGGCUGUUUGGAACCUUGGAAACCUACCGGCUGUACUGUGGUCAAAACCUAGCAAGAGUCUUUUACAGAAAAGGGAAAUUUGCGGAAGCCAGAGAACUGAUGGCAAAGUGUGCAGAAGAACUGUUGAAAACCUUGGGUCCUCAAAAUCCACACACACUUGAGGCCUUCCAGGACCUAGAGAAGUGGGCAGGUUCCGUGGAAGGCACUGAUGCUGGAGAGUCGCAAACAAUUGCUUGA